UACGAGGCUACACGACGCCAAGCGUUAACAUGCUUACGCUGCACAACAUUGCAGACGAGGAGAUGAACAGUUUGCUGACGCAGAAGCAAAAACUUCUGCUCGAGCUGAAGCACUACGAAAACAACAUCAAGUACAACAAGGAGAUACUUGGCAGCACGAGCGAAAGUAAUCUGGUGCAAAGUGUUCCGGAUAAUGUUGGGAUCAUACCGUCGAAUACGCGCCUCCAGAUCGGUAUCUCGACCAGCUACGGUAGCAGCGAUAUGAAUAUCGAUAUCACGGUGUCGACAAACAAUUCCACCACGAUCCGGGCGGUGCUGAUCUUUGCCGAUCAACUGUUCAAGGAGGAAACACUAAUCGCACACCUGACGAAGGAUGUGUCGAGGAUACUGAUACCGCUGAAAACCGUCAAGGACAAUGCGCAGGACAUCCACAUCAAGGCAUUCGUCGGGUACCCGAACAGCGUGCAGUUUCACGUGUUCGAACUCACCCGCCAGCUGCCCAAGUUUGCGAUGUACACCAUUCCUCACAAUUUAACGGGAUCACCGAAAAGUAUCUCCUACAUAAACAGCCUGCCAAAACCGAAGCCCGUUGGCCCCGGGGAGUGUUACGUCGAGUUUCGGAUCACGGAACGUCUGAAGCGCCUUUGCAUCUGGGUCAACCAGAACUUCCUGCUUCCGUCCGACAUCGAGUAUGUGACAUCAGACGCUGACGCUACGGAACUGCACCUAAACCUCAUCAGCCUCCGCACGGGCAAGAGCGUGUGGCUGCACUUUAGCUACGACGGCAAGACACGCUUCUACACCGAGGACAUCGGUCUCGCCGGUGACCUCGUACAGUCGUUGGCGCAGUUUCUGAACACGGACAGCCUGAACUCCAUCGCCUGCUUCCCGGUCGUGUACGAUGAAGUUAAAGAGCUCUUCGGGAAGCUGCGUGGCCUGCAAGAAACGGAGAAGCAGAUCAACUCGGAGAUUGUGGAACAUGUGAACCAAAUCAAGAGCCAUCUCAUACGGGCCGAAGAUGCACGAUACUAUAAUGGAGAGGACGUCAUCAAGCAUCACAACGGCAUGAUGGCUACCAACGAAGAUCUGGUGAAGAGCUACAAAAUCCGGCUGGCCAACACGAACGAAAUACAGCACACUCUGAAGCGCAUCCACGGAAUUCUGUACAACGCGUCAAGGUUGAGAGCUGGCACCUUCGCAGCAGGAAUGAUCGGCAGGUUCAAGGAAGCACUUAAGACGAACAACAUCGACGCGGUACUUAAGAUCAUUGAGCUGGGCGAAAUGUAA